AGUCGGCUCAUGACUUUCAUCGCGCCCUGUUACCGAUCGCUCUUGCUGCGCGCGCCACGUUUUAAAUUUUCUCCAGCGCUCUGUCAUUCCUUGUUAUUUUGACCAAUUGCUGUGUUUGUGAAUGUAAGGCGAGGCUGCGUAUUUUUUCUUUUUGUAGUGACAUCAAUAUACUAUUAAAAGAAGUUAUUAACGAGAAAAUGAAGAGGAACGUUAUGUUAGUAAUUUUAGGGAUCGCAAUUAUUGGUUCCUGCAAUGCUGCGAAAUUGUCAGAUGUUUUAAAUCUAAAGCGUGGUGAAUCAGAUUAUAUUUUACGCAGCUGUAUAGCGAGCGCCCAGUUGACCAGAAGACUUAGUACAAAUGGCGUGUCGCAAUUAACUUCAAUAGAGAAUCCUAUUUUAUCAGAACCACAAUCGGAUGCUUUAUUACUCAACAAUGUUGAAAAUAAAAACCUCAUAAAACGUUCUAGAAGUAAUACGAAAGCGCAUCCUAGGUUAAAAGCCAGGUAUUUAGUUAAUAAGAAUAUCGAUACUCCUCUCGGGACUGUUGAUGUUAAAACUUUACGGAAAGAUAUUCCAAAAGUGUUUAAAAAAAAAGAACGUCUUCCAGAAUUAGACAGUAGACGUGGCGCUGCUAGAAACAUAGACACCGAAGCGGAUAUUAUUUUAGUUCAACCUUUGAAGCAUUAA